AUGUCGAACGACGAUGAGCGCAGCGGCCUCCUCGCUACCAACUCCCACUACGGCUCCAUCUCUGGCUCCCCGUUGGAAGGAGCUGCGGUCGAAGGAAAUGACACCUCUGGCGAAGCCUUCGACAAUGUGCCUCAGACAAGACGGCAGCUGGGCGUUGCGAGCGCCGCUUUCCUGAUCUUCAAUCGUGUCAUUGGGACCGGAAUCUUUGCAACGCCAAGUGUCAUUCUCCACUCUUCGGGCAGCGCUGGUGUGGCGCUUCUCAUAUGGAUCCUGGGGGCGCUUAUUGCGGCGGCGGGGACGACGGUUUAUGUCGAGCUGGGCACAGUUAGACACCCUCCUGCUUACGCGGCACAAGCUUAUCUAAACUUGCAGGGCUUACCACGGAGUGGAGGGGAGAAGAACUAUCUGGAAUAUAUGUAUCGGCGCCCCAAGUUCAUGAUAACUUGUGCCUACGCUGUCUACACUUUCAUAUCGGGAUCAAGCGCAACCAAUGGAAUCGUCUUCGGAGAAUACCUCAUCCGGGCUCUUGCAAUCCCGCCAUCGACCUCGGCAACCUUCUCUGCCUCGCGCAUCAUUGCACUCAUCGUGCUCACUUUCAGUCUACUCAUGAUCGGCGUCUUCAGCAAGGCUGGGGUCCGCCUGCAAAACAUUCUUGGCUCGUUCAAACUGUUCAUCCUCGCAGGCAUCGCUAUUCUCGGCCUAUUAUCUCUCGUCGGCCUUCCGGGCAUUGCUGUCCGUCCAGAAUACGAGACGCCCGAUAACCUGGUUUCGUGGGCCGCAUUGUGGAAGGGAAGCAAGGGAGAUGCAAACUCGCUCGUGACUGCUUUAUAUAAUGUUAUUUGGUCGUUUAUAGGCUACUCUAACGCAAACUACGCGUUAUCUGAGGUCAAGGACCCAGUUCGGACGAUCAAGCGAGCCGCCCCGCUGGCAAUUGUGUCCGUUGCCGUCGUCUACAUGCUGGUCAACAUCGCGUAUUUUGGGGUCGUCUCCCGCGGAGACAUCCUCAAUAGCCGCCAGAUUGUCGCUGCAUUAUUCUUUAGAAACCUCUUUGGGCCAGCGACCGAGCGGAUCCUCAGUGCUGCUAUUGCACUCUCGUCUCUCGGAAAUAUAUUAGCCGUUCUUUUCACUCAAGGACGAGGCGAGUGCCUCGUAGUUUCAAGCGCCGUUGUCCAAGAGCUGGCGCGGGAAGGCAUCCUCCCAUUCUCUGCUUUCCUCGCUAGCAACAGGCCAUUUGGCGCGCCGUUGAACGCCCUUUGGUUUCUCUGGGGAAUCUCGGUGCUGGGAGUCAUUUUGCCACCAGCAGGCGAUGCAUACUUGUUCUUGUUGAGCAUGUCUUCAUACUCCCUCACCCUUGUCAAUACUGGUGUCUCAUUCGGCCUUCUAUUGCUACACAGCUCAUACCGGAAGAGCUGGCACUGGGACCCGCCGUUCCGGGCACCACUUGCCGUCAUCAUUGGCUUUUUCCUUUCCAACGUGUUUUUAGCGGUGACGCCAUUAAUUCCGCCUGCGCCAGGAAAAGAGACGUUCGAACGAAUACCUUACUAUAUGCACAUUCUCGUGACAAUCCUUGCUUCCCAACUGGGGGUGCUGUAUUGGGCAGUCUUUUUCCGCUGGCUACCGCAAAGAGGCGGGUACGAGCUGAAGCGAGAGCAGGUGCUGCAAGACGAUGGUGUUUCUCGCGUCGUGUUUGUAAAGGUACCGAAGGUUGGGUCAUCCAGAACUUGA